AUGACACCAAAGUCUCUCGGUCGCUUGGCUGCCCGCCCGCCCCUGCGCGUCAGCCUCCAGAUUCACCAAGCUGGUGUACAAUUUGCACACGUUUGUGGCGGAGCUUUAGCUAAUGAGAAUUCAGUACUUACAGCAGGCCACUGCAUUACACAAAGGAAGGACCCACAUUCCUGGAGAGCUCUUUUGGGCGUGCAUAACCUUUGGGAACAUGGCGAACACGCAGCAAAAAGAAAUAUUAGAAGCAUCACUGUGCACCCAGAAUUCAAGAGCGAAACAUUUGAAAAUGAUAUUGCAUUAUUUGAACUUGAUUCCGCAGUACGCUACAGCGACUAUAUUCAGCCUAUCUGCUUACCUCCUGCACACCGUUACCCAUACACCGACAAUGAAACAGAAUGCUUUAUUAGCGGUUGGGGACGAACAGCAGAAAAAGGUAAAACUUCGGCUGUGUUAAAAGAAGCACAAGUGGAAAUCAUUCCUUCUAGCAUCUGUAACAGUUCUGAUGCGUAUGGAGGUCUGGUUAACAACAACAUGAUUUGUGCUGGCUCCCGAUCAGGAGGCACCGAUACCUGUCAGGGAGACAGCGGUGGACCUUUAGCGUGCUAUCACCCUAGUACCGACAAAUACUAUCUCAUAGGGAUUGCUAGUUUUGGAGUUGGCUGUGGCCGACCAAAAUUUCCCGGGAUCUAUGUCCGUUUAUCCCAAUACAGAAGAUGGAUAAAAUCUGAACUUCUGUUGAGUAACAAGGCUGUGAAUCCCGUGAGCAGUACACUUACCAUCUUUCUGACUGCGAUACGUACAGUACUUGCGUAGACUUUCUAAAGGGACAAACCACUGCGUCACCAUCGCAGAGGCUUGGCCUGCCCGUUAAAACUUUGAAGAGAGCGCUAACUCCCCUUUCAGAAUAAAUCUAAGAGCCAAAGGACAUACACUUAUUUUUAGAGGUCAUGUUUGCAAUUGUGUUAUCUUCUUUGUUUUCUGCCUUUGGUAUCCAUACUAACGGUAGAGGAAACGGUAACAACCUUGACCCUAAGAAUGAAAUCGAAUAUAGAAACGUUACCAACUGAAAAUACUCUUUUCCCACCCUAUUUCCGUGCUUUUCCAGCUAUCAGAAGCUUAAGUACUACUUAGCAAUACUACCGCGAUUUUGUAGACGGCAGAGAUGCUCCCUCUGCUGGGUGCAUACAAAAUGCCUUUAGUUAAGAGUGGCUCAGCUUUCUGAAAACUAAAAAAGAAAAAAAACCUGCAGAAAGACAAAAGGUAUUAUCCACUUAUUAUUUUUAGUGAUGACUAAAAUUUAUGCACAAAUAACUUAGUACUCCGACUGCUGAAAGGACACGUCAGAUAAAAGAUCUCUGGGUGCUGUUUCAUAGACUAAAUGUUUAUUCUCAGCCACUGUAAAAGACCUGAUACCACACAAUGUAUGCACAUUUGCUCAGCACCGCUGUAGUACUGUGUUAAUUAAAAAUAAAUAAGGACCAUCAGAAUUAUAUUUUGGCGACUUUAUUUACCAAGGUCAAAAUUUGCAACCAUCUAAUUGUUUUGACAAAUAUUUACAAUUCAUAUAAAGCAUGUACUUUUGUUUGGAAAUAACCAGCAGAACAGUAUUAGGUUCUAUCUCUCUUACUCUCAGGAUAUAGAUUUUACUCUCUUACAAUCUAGAUUUUGAAGUAAAUCCAAAAUAAGUAUUUCAUGAUAAGUGAUUACUUAAAGAGCAAACUCAUGUUACUGUUUAAUAUUUCCAUGAUGAAAAAUAAGCUGCUCUUUCCGAAACACUAUUUUAAGAGGAUAAAAAUUUACUAAUGUUAUGUCUGGCAGCACUACACUUGUUUCACUUGCUGAAUA